AUGGGUGUUUUCAUUCCUGCUUCCAAACUAGCAAGUUUGAAAGCCUACAAGUAUCAAAGUGAAGAUCGCUCUUUGGUGACAAAAUAUAUCUUGAAACCGUUCUGGGUUCAGUUCGUCAAGAUUUUUCCCCUAUGGAUGGCACCAAAUUUGAUCACCAUAUCAGGUCUGGGUUUCAUCAUUAUCAAUGUCUUGACUGUGCUGUAUUACGAUCCUACCUUCUCGGGAAACUCUCCUAGAUGGGCUUAUUUCACGUACGCACUUGGCCUUUUCCUGUAUCAGACAUUUGACGCCUGUGACGGCCAGCAUGCACGCAGAACGGGCCAAAGCGGUCCAUUGGGCGAGCUAUUUGACCAUUGCAUUGACUCCAUAAACACCACGCUGUCUAUGAUGGUUUUCUGCUCCACUGUAGGCUCCGGAAUGACGUUCAUGAUGGUUCUAGCGCAGUUUGCAUUGCUGUGCAACUUCUACCUCAGUACUUGGGAAGAGUAUCAUACACACAUGCUCUUCCUCAGUGAAUUUUCUGGUCCCGUCGAAGGAAUCUUGAUGAUCGUGGCUGCGUUUAUCCUCACCGGGGUUUUUGGCCCAGAUGCUUUAUGGCAUAGAUAUAUUUGCGAUCUCCACUUUGGCGACAAGACAUUCACAAUCGAAAGCUUGCAUCUCGUGUACGCCUUUUGUGCCGUGGGUCUUCUCUUCAACAUCGCGUCUUCUAGAAGAAAUGUGGUGAAUCAUUACAACAAAGAGGGCAGCACGGCCAGAGAAGCGCAAUCAAAUGUCCUGCGCGCUACUUUGGGAUUGGUACCAUUUUUCAGCUACUUCGCGAGCGUGUUGGUGGUGAUUUCUGUGGAUCCCGAAACAAUUUCUUUACCCUUCGUCCUCUCGAUUGGACUGACCGUUGCCUUCACCGUUGGGAGAAUUAUUGUUUGCCAUUUGACCAAACAAGAGUUCCCUAUGAUCAAUCCUCCCAUGCUCAUUCCUCUCUUGCAAUUUUUGAUCAAAUCGCUGUUGGUACACGUUCUGGGCUAUGAGAAAGCAUCGGUUUUACCGGCACUAAACUGGCUCGGAUUUGGUCUUGCUCUGGGUAUCCAUGCCAUGUUCAUCACUGAGGUCAUAUACGAAUUCACCACAUUCCUUGACAUCUACACCCUAUCCAUCAAGCAUCCCAAAAAAUUCACCUAG